UGCUAUUGGCCCGGAAACAAGAGUCCACUUUGUUUUGGACCAUUUGUCAUCAGUCCUUUAUCCGUGGAUAAGGCGAAUAACUGCAUUUCUCGAAGGAUAAAUAUAUCGUUAGCCGAAAAGCAUCAAAGCAAACAGACAGUGGUACAUCAGUUCACAGCCUGGCCUGGAUAUGUUAAUAUCUGUGAACGGACGACCAUGACCCAAUUCCUCCAGACGGUCAGUAGGAUUGCAGGACCUGUCGUUGUUCAAUGCCACGAUGGGUACUCACGCAGUGGACUAUUUGCGGCACUUCUUUGCAUUGUUGACCGAAUUAAGACCGACAAGGAAGUUGCAAUAGCAGAAACGGUCAGGUUGGUGAAAUACCGGCGCCAGGCAGCUGUAGCUGAUGUGGAGCAGUACCAGUUUUGCCAUGAAGUAGUUUUUGAAUACCUUAAGAACAGAGGAGGGAAAUUGGAAGAUAGUGAAAAUCAGGAAUACGUUAAUAUGACGUUUCCCAAGUUCCUAUAAAUCAGGUUAAACCUGAUUUCGAAAACGUUGCUCUCCAUGUACGUUAGUCGUUUGACAAAGUGCUUCACGCAUCUAUAACUCUAAAGGAUAACCGGAAGUAUUUACUAUUCAUAAUAUGUGGAGGUCAAAAAUCGUGCAAUGAUUGAGUGAGGACAAAUUUAAGAUACACAUGUACAGGUUAUGUACACAAGGCCUCGAAAUACGUGUUAUCCAUCUAAUAUCUAUGCAAGAUGUCAUUAUAGGUUUUGCCGUUCAAGGUCAUUUUGACUUCCUUGUAGGCAAAGUAUCGCAUGUUAUUAAUAUUGAGUGACAAAUGACAUUUAAGAUAAUUACUCGAAGUGCUUUUUUCCGCUUUUAAAGUAAACCAGGACAAUAACAUUUAACAAACUUGCAACCAAUUUGAAUGUGUUGUCCUUGAAAUUUGAGUGUAUAUAUGUGUCUAAUGUUUUGUUUUGUGGAUCUUAUUUGAUCUAUUUGUUUAUUGUAGCCAUAAGGAACAUUUGCUGUAUCCAUACUUAGAGAAAGAAAUGUAUCUGUUUAAACAGUCGAUUCAACCCUGAAUAUAUAUUUUGAUAAGCUGUCAAUCGACUUAUUUUGCUGUAUUUUUGCGCAGUAAUAAACAUGAAUUAUUUUAAAGGUCCUCAGACUGCUUCAUUUGACUUUUGGCAGGAACAUUGUCUCAUUUACCUAAAUAAAUGGCUCAAUGACAUAUUUUGUUAAAUAUAUCAAUCAUUUGGUCAUCAUUAGGCGGAAUAGGAAUAAUAACACACGUUGGACUUAUACUGAAAUGCCUUUUUAGCGAAGGCCGAAAAUUUAGACAUAUUUAAUCUAAAAUAACAUAAGAUUAAAUGCUAUUUAUAUUUUUUACACAUAUGUUUAUAAUUAUUUGUUUCGGUCAUGCUUUCAUAUUGUGUGUGUAUGCAGUUUAUAAGUGUUUUAUUAUAAACUGAAAUAAGCUAUUUGCAUACGUGUCAUUGGCUAUCAUACCUUGCAUACAUCUUGUUUUAUAACUUAACUAAAACCAUGUGUUCAAACUAAUAUUUUGUAAUUGAUUUAAACCAUUUUGUGAUCAUACAAACAACCAAUGUCUUUAGACGGAAAUUUAUUACGCCUUUUGGUAGGAAACAAAGUCAAUUGAAUUCCAUCUUGAUCAAUCUGAUUUUAUCUUCCUGCUAUCUGAAUGGGAUUUAUUGUUUGAGAAUAAUGGUUUUUCAAUGGUCUGCACUUGUUAUAUUUCCUGUACUACUGUAUUAACUCUUUUUUGUAUCAACUAUA